CAAAUCUAAAUAAUAGGGGGUGGCGCAUAACCAACAAUACUCAACAAAUAUAGAAAUGUAUGAUUUUGGUUUAUGUGCAAUUCUGAACUUAUGCGCGCAUUCCUAGAUGGUCGAGCAAUAUCCUGGUAAUUUCGGGGGGAAUCUCCCGUCAGAUUUAUAUCGGUUUAUAACAUGAGGCAGGAGAAAAAGCAACUGUCACUUUAUGUCCGGUGCAGCAGCCGGCAGCCGCAAGAAGUGAGACAGCCGACAAACCCAUUUCUCCUGGUGGACGUGGUUUUACACGCUGUACACUUUCGAGAUUAUUUCCUAAACUGACUAUGCAUCUAUUGUCAUAGUCCUGAAUGGGUUUGGGGCAGAGUAACUGAUGCCAGUGAAGUAAGGAUUGCGGAUAAAAACAGUUUGCAAAGAUGCAAUGGAAGGCCACGGGAGAACAAUAGCAAACAGAUUAGUUCAAUAUUUGAACUCCUCUGAUAAAUAAGAUCUUGUCGCCGAUUUCAAGGCAAAGGUAGCUUUUCCGAAGAAGCGGCGGACCAUGGCAGCUGUGACAAGCCCGGAGACAACCCCUCAGCCUCGGGUAUACUUCCAAACCCCCCCGGGCACGGGGGACGAAGUUCCCCAGAAACAAGGGCGAGUGACAGUCAAAUACGACAGGAAAGAAUUGAGAAAAAGACUUAACCUCGAGGAGUGGAUUGUCGGGCAGCUCACUCAGUUGUACGACUGUGAGGAGGAAGAGGUUCCUGAGUUGGAGAUCGAUGUGGACGAACUCCUUGACCUGCCCAGUGAUGUAGACAGAGCACGCAAAGUCAAGGGGUUGCUGGCAGACUGCUUCAAGCCCACAGAUGCCAGCAGCGUAAACCAGGAAGGCUGUUUCCUCUCUCCUCCUUGUCGUCCUCUGCAGGACUUUGUAGCCGCCUUGCUGGAGCGUGUGAGAGGGAUGCAGAAGCUCAGCACCCCCCAGAAGAAAGGAGAGGUCACCCCCUGACCCCCCCACCCUCACCCCUCCCCUCUCUCAGUCAGCCCUCUCCAGCCGAGAGGAGAAGGGGGGCAGGGUGACGGGGGGGUCAAAUCUCCCACAAUCCCACUGUGCUUGUGAGAUGGAGACCAGGGCCAAGCGUUCCAGCCAAUCAUAUCUCAGCUGCAGGUCACACCAGUGGCCAAUCUCUGGUUCCGUUUUUUAAAAAAACACCUUUUCUGCUCUACACUGUACUCUAUGUGAACUCUAUAUUAGCAUCUAUGUUAGCUUAGCGCCAUGCACAGGAGGUGUGUGUGUGUGUGGGGGGGAGGGUGUGUUGUAGAACUGUGGGGGCGACUCAUCAUUCAUUACUGUGAUUUCUGAAAUGUCCACUAGCAAUGUGACUUUGGGAGCUUGCUUACUAUAAGCGCAUCAGGACUCCAGACCCAAGUAACUGUUGAGUUUUUUUAUGUCGUACUUUGUGUUACACAGAAGAGUAGCAACAUGACAUUAAAUGGGAUAAGGGAUGUUUGGGAUGGGAUGAGAGGUGCAGUAUGCUAUAUCUUAAUAAAGUGGAACGUUAAUCAAAUUCUAAAGGAAUGUGAUAUUGAUUCAUUAUUUGUUUACAUGCAUAAAAACAUGUCCAAAACAAAAAGCUAAAACCAUGCAAACCAUGCAAAAGAUGUACUGUACAUCAUCCGUAUUUCACCCAUAUCACUAGAUGGAACAUCCUCAUCAGAUCUAGAUGCCUUGUUUACUGACCACAGAAAUGGCAUACUGCAUCUCUUAUGGACAGAGGUGAUUGUGCUGUAGGAUCUAAAACGUAUUCUUAAGUGUCUUUGCUUGUGUGUUGGAUACCCAGAUGGCAACAGAGGCUCUCGGCUUGUCCAACUGUGUGCUUUUGUAACAAACCCGAGUAAGUGAACUCUGUAAGUGGUAAAGCUCUGAGAAGAAGCACCCCAGGGCUCUGCUUUGCUCUGAGAAUCUUUUAUUAGGACAUGUACUACCAUAAAACCCUCAAAGGAGGAGGACAUUUACUACUGACGCUACACUAGGACAUUUACUGACAGCUAGGCUACACUACACUAUAGGAGGACAUUUACUACUGACAGCCAGGCUACACUAGGAGGACAUUUACUGACAGCUAGGCUACACUAGGAGUGCUACUGAAGCGUUUGGUUGGCAAGCAUACAAAUUGUUUUAGAAGACUGGUGUCAUGUUUCCAAAUGGGCUCAGCGCUCCCCCAUGUGUUGUGUUGACUGUAGUGGAAGCUCCGUCAACAGAACGCUUUAUUUACACGCCCGGACUGGCCCCACCGUAAACUCAUCUGCCCAGGCUCGUCACCAAUCCCAACAGCUCGGAGUAAGCAACUGGUGCGCAUCUGGGCCAAAUCUGGGCCACAGGCUCGCCACACUCCGCUGCCGUCUGCGUAUCCUCAGAGUGUGUCGUAGGGACCUAUAGGAGAGCCGUAGGAUUGUUUUUUUGGUGCUAAAUUUUCAUUCACAGGAUUUUUUCAAGCAACACUUAUUACAUAUUGUUCUUACUGCUCUUUGGUUUUGUACUCGGACUGUUGACUGCACUUGGCCAAGACAGAAUGGUGGCAGCCAGAGCAGAAACUCCCUUUAGAUGCAGAGUAGCAAUACCCGUAAAAGAGAGGAUUUGCCAAUUUUGUUACAUUUUUAUAAAAGGUGGACCAAGCGUGUCAUGUGCAUGGGUAGAACAUUACCAACGAUAAGCGACAUGGAAGUAGGAGGUUACAUAUGAGCAUCAGUAGGCAGAGAAACUUUGGCUACGAUAAUAAAAUAAGACAACGCUACUCGUUUGUAAAUCAAACAUUUAUUCCAGAAGGAAUAGAAGACUUUUUGAACAAAAGGAACAAGUCCCUGAUCCCUUGUCAAUCUGAUCUCAAUGCUGUAUUUAGUCCAAAUUAUGUGUGUGUGUGUAUUAAGGUGGUUUAAGAAAAAAUAAAGAUGAUGGCGCACAGUGAA